AUGAAAUGGCGAAGAACAGAAAUUUUCGGGGGCAAGAGCUGGGAUGGAGACUCAAAUAUUCGAAUUCCGACACUGUCAUGCCGAGACGGCAAAUGCUCUCUUCUACAUCGACCUUUCCAACCUUGCUUCAUAUCCUCCUUCAUGUCCGCGACGCCGACAACCGCUAAGCAGCCGAAAGCCAAGAAGGAUAAGGAAAAGACUGCCUCACAGGUUCACCAGAACGAGCGUCUCAAGACUGUGGUUCGACGGCUUCCACCAAACUUGCCUGAAGAGAUCUUUUGGCAGAGCGUUCAGCCUUGGGUUACGGAGGAAACAACGAUAUGGAAGACAUACUACAAGGGAAAACUGCGCAAGAAAUUGAACAAGGAGAACAUACCAUCCCGCGCCUAUAUCGCGUUCAAGGAUCCAGAACAACUCGCCUUAUUCAGUCGGGAAUACGAUGGCCAUACCUUCAGAGAUAAGUCCGGUGUGGAAUCGCAAGCGGUGGUCGAAUAUGCUCCCUUUCCCAAGAUCCCCUCCGAGAAGAAGAAAGUGGAUAAUCGCAGCGGUACGAUUGAGAAAGACGAGGAUUUUAUCUCGUUCAUGGAGUCACUGAAGACACCAUCCACGACGGGGCCCGUCAGUCUCGAAGCCCUCAUUGCAUCGACUCGGCCUGCGUCCCCCCCGAAGACAACGCCUCUUCUAGAGGCUCUCAAGGCAGAGAAGAGUGCGAACAAAGACAAGGAAGCCAUCCUUCGCAAUCAUGCACACUACAAUCAGAUUAUGGUGCCGUCCUCCCGUAAAGAAGAGAAAAAGAAAGCCUCGGGGCCACCUGCGUCUUCCAGACCUGUUGAAACUCCUGCUUCCACUGCGAGCAACGUGCAACCAAAGAAAUCUGGAAAGAAGGGACAACCACCUCCAGCCGCAUCACAACCUGCUCCUCCUCCGAAUCCCAAAGCUGCACCCGGAUCGCAGAAGGGCGCUCCCAACACCACAGGCAGGAGGAAAGCCUCCCAAAGCACCUCGACCCCCUCGGGGUGCACAGCAGCCUAA